AAUAUCCCAUAUACAAACUGGUCCAUAUACAAACUGGUCCAUAUACAAACUGGUCCAUAUACAAACUGGUCCAUAUACAAACUGGCCCAUAUACAAACUGGCCCAUAUAUAAACUGGCCCUUAUACAAACUGGUCCAUAUACAAACUGGCCCAUAUACAAACUGGCCCAUAUACAAACUGGCCCAUAUACAAACUGGCCCAUAUACAAACUGGCCCAUAUACAAACUGGGCCAUGUACAAACUGACCCAUGUACAAACUGGCCAUGUACAAACUGA